UCCAGCUCGUCUGACCAGUCACACCCACAAGCUUCACCCACCCAGACACCACCAUUAAAUAUCUUGGGGCACUCGCUGACAACAGCAGUCUCCACCUCGCAUGUCCUCCAAAGUGCCCGCGUCCGCAACGACCACCGGUACCUCCAAGUCGGCGGCCAAGAAGAGAGCCAAGAAGGCGGCAAAGGCGGCGUUGGCUACUAGCAACCAGACGUCGGCUGCCGUCGCCGGACAGGACUCGAGCACCGCUCACUUUCCCUCCGCCUCUGCUGCACUCGACGCAAAGUUUGUCUACACACCAGGCGCCUACCCCGACCCGGCUUCUCACGACGGCGCCAGCGCCUUUUACGAAGAGACCGACCUGCCAACUCCUGCGACAGUGGGCGUGCACGGAGGACCGACACCCGAUCAGUUCAGCUUCGCCUCGUACGCCUUUGGCGACCGCAACAUUGUGCCGCAGACAAACGGAAGUCCGUUCGGUGGCCUGUCCCAGUCCAUCAACAUUACCCACGAGGAUCUUCUCGAGACUGCCAACGAGCUCUGGAAGAGAAUGGGCGAAACAGCUUACGGCGAGGACGACCCGUACUGGUCGUCUCUUCCGACCCAUGUGCGCCAGUUCAUUAGAGAGGCCAUUCCCUUCAAUGGGCUGAGCAACUCUUCAACGGACCCCCAGGCGACACAGAAGGACCUGUACGCCAUGGCUCAGCGCAUCGUUCAUGCUGCUAGCCAAGGCAUGGGGCUCCAGGGCAUGGGCACCAACCUGCUCUCUCAGGUCAACGGCCGUGCCAACCUGCCCUCGAGCAUUGCCGAGGACCUGGGCUUCCACCGCCAUCCCGACGCUGUCGGCCGUCCAGAGGACGACUUUGACGACGAUGAGGACUUUGACGAGGAGCCAGAACCAGGCUAUGCGAUGCCAAACGGUGAUGCGCCCAAGAAGAAGAACAAGAAAAAGAAGAAGAAAGGAGCCCAGGUCACAGAGCCUCCACCCACUUCGCUCCCGCCGCCAGCCGUUAAGCAGUCGCCCCGACAGCCGGUCCCUCCUCAACCGCCUGUCCACCAACCUGCUCUUAACCCCCCACCUCCUCCAAUGACUCCCGCCCCCUCUCACCCUCCUCCGAGCUCUCGAGCGGCCGGCAAGCAGCCCAUGACCCAUGCGCCUGCGACGGCCAACCCACCGGCCCGUUCCGUGCGUGCCGCUGGAAAGGCCCCCGUGUCUGCGACAGCGCAUCACACGCACGCGCACCACAACCACGCCCACCCUCCGCCAGCCAAGGCUGUUAACAAGGGCAAAGCCGCGGCGACAGCACAGCCAGCGAAAAUCUGGACGACAGCGUCGCCAGAGGAGCGUGACAACAUCACACAGUUCUGGCUGGGACUGUCCGAGGAUGAUCGGCGGGACCUGCUGCGCGUGGAAAAGGACGCAGUCCUUCGUCGAAUGAAGGACCAGCAGCGCCAUUCCUGCGGUUGUGCCGUCUGUGGCCGGAAGAAGAUCAACAUCGAGAUGGAGCUCGACACGUUGUACGAUCACUACUACAACGAGCUCGAAAGAUAUACGACACACCAGCGGGCAGCGAUAACCAACCUCGACUGCCCGCCCCCGCCAGGAGCAGGCCCUUUCCCUGGCAGCGUGGAGCUCGACCCAAGUGGACAGCUGCUCAAACUUGACAACCUUGCGCCAACCUCUAAUCAACAGCCGAGUCUCGACGAGAGCGACGAGUAUGAUGACGAGGAGGAGUACGACGACGAGGAAGAGCUCGACGACGACGACAUUGCGUCUGAAGAUGCCGAGGACUACCCGCCGCGCAAAGCCCCCUCCAAAACCCAGGCUCCAAAGGCGGAUGGCGACGACUUCUUCGGCUUUGGCUCCAGUCUCGCUACCAUUAAGGGCGUGAUCACGGUUGCCGACGACAUGCUCAAGAAUGAUGGCGCCAAGUUCCUCGAGAUGAUGGAGCAGCUUGCCGCCAAGCGCGCCUCCCGAGAGGACAUCAACGUCCGCGAUCUCCAAGAGGAGACCGAUGAGGAUGAUGAUGAGGACGACAAUAUCUCCGAAUCGCAGCGCGACGAGGACGGCAAGCGCAUGUUCUCAAUCUUCGCCGCUCGCAUGUUCGAGCAGCGUGUCCUGCAGUCAUACCGCGAGCGUGUGGCCAAGGAGCGCGAGGAGCAGCUGCUCCGCGAGCUUGAGAUGGAGGAGGAGGGCAAGCGCGCCAAGGAGGAGAAGAAGGCAAAGGAAGCCCAGAGGAAGAAGGACAAGAAGAGGCUCCAGAAGCAGCGCCAGGACGAGGAGAAGGCCACUCGCGAGGCCGCCCUUGCCGAGGAGCAACGAUUGGCAAAGCUCAAGCACGAAGAGGAAGCCAAGGAGCGCCUCCGGAAGCAAGAGGAGGAGCGAGCCCGUCGUGAAGCCGUCAAGCGCGCUGCCCAGGAAGAGGCCGCACGCAAGGAGGCUGAGCGCCGGAGGCGUCAAGACGAGGAGCGCGCUCGUGAAGAGGAGGCCGCACGCAAGAAGCGCGAGCGUGAGGACAAGAUCAAGAAGGAGCGCGAGGCCCGCGAGCGCGAAGCCAAGGAGAAGGAACGCCGCGACAAGGAGGAAAAGGAGCGAAUCGCCAAGGAGAAGGCCGAGAAGGAGCGUGCAGCCAAGGAAGCCCGUGACAAGGCCGACAAGGAGCGCGCCGCCAAGCUCGAGGAAGAGCGCCAGGAGAAGCAGCGUCGUGACGAGGCCGCUCGUCGCGAGCGUGAUGCUGUUGAGCAGAAGAAGAUUAUUGCUGCUCAGCAAGCCGCUCGGGAGAAGGCUGCCGCCGACAAGGCUGCGGCUGACAAGGCUGCUGCUGACAAGGCUGCGGCUGCUGCGCGUCCUCCGACGGGUCCUGCUGCCAUGCGCGGCAAGUCUGCGACUACGGCUCCCCCUCCUCCUCGCAACGGCCCGACACCUACCUCGACGACGCCCGCUCUCCACCCGUCUCCCCCUACGCCCUCGAGUUCCCGUCCGGCUCUCGUUCGCCCUCCGCCCAAGACUCCGCAGCCCUUCUACACGCAGCCGGUACCUGCCAUGGCGUAUGGCGCCCGCUCUGCUGGAGGCCCCUCUGGCACGCCCUUUGUGCAGACGUACGGACGCCCUCCCUUCCCUUCGCAGUCGCCCGUCUUUGCGGCUCCCACUCCGAACGGCCAGGGCCUUCUGCCUCCCGGUUCGCUCACGACCUCGCCCAACGCUGGAUCGCGUGGCUUCGGUGCCCCUGGUGGACCUGACGGCGGUUUCGACCUCGCCGGACCCUCUCUUGGUGUCGGCUACCCCGGCGCCAAGGGCACCAUGCCCAACAGAGUGUCGUCUGCCGACGAUCCGUUCCGCGCCCCCGGUGGACCCGCGCCGAUCGGCCAGCGCGUCGCCUCGCAACCUCCAUCUCUGUAUGGUGAUGGCCUCGAACCCGAUGCCUUCCACCAGAGCCAGCUCGACCCCAUUGCGCCUAUCGGACGCCGCCCGACCUUUGACCAGAGCGUCGGUGGCCCCGCGCAGUCGAGCGGGUCUGCUGGCUCCUCGGCUCUUCGCUCGCCCUCGCCUGCCCAGCCCGACCAGGUGUUCGGCUCAGCGGCGCUCGGCGACGACGACGAGAUUGUUCAACCUGCCGCCCGCCGCGCGCCUCCUCCCGGCAUCCCCGCUGCUCCAGGCGCGUCGUGGGGCAAGAUUCCACCGCCCCCCGCACCCGGAGCUGGACGGUGGAGCGCUGCUCCCCCAAGCAUCUGGGGUAUGGACGGCCCAGCCGCGUCGCCGUGGUCUCGGCCCGGCGCCGGCUUUGGCGCACCUCCUCCUCAGCCUGGGCAGAUCGGAGCCCCCGGCCUGCCCGACUUUGGCCUUGGUGCCGGCGGCGUACCCCCUCUCGGCGGCGAGGCCCUCCCUCCGCUGUCUGGGACACCUGGACGCCGACAGCCGAGCUUUGGUGCCCCCGGCGGCGGGCAGGGUUACAGCCAGUACCCGCCUGGGCUGUUUGGCGGCGGGGAAGAGGCCCUCGGCGCCGUUAACCACACCCUGCCACCAGUCGGCGUCGACACGCUCAAUGCAGACGAAACGGUAUACAAUACGCCCAACAUUACGCCUAGAAUGCCUCUCAACUACUCGAAAUGGGACAAUCUCGAGUUAAGCGAUGAUAGCGAUAUAGAAGAGCACCCUAAUGUCGAUAAGGCGUCCAUGGUCAGGUGGAAGCAGCGCGACAUCCACGAGAAGCGCGAGCAGAGGCGCCUCCUCAUCGCCAAGCUCAAGUCUGAGCUCGAACUCAACGCCGAGCUCCGCCCUCGUAUCAAGGCGAUCGUCACGGGUAUCGCCGACAAGGGGGUGGACCACUACCGUGCCGUGCAGCGUCGUAUCAAGGAGAACCCGUCGCCUGAGAAGCCGGCGACCAACGCGCCGAAUCAACCUAGUUACGACAUGAUGCUCGGCCAGCUCCUUGGCGACCUGUGGCGCGAGGCGGCUUGGCUUGUCGACGGAGACGCCAAGGUUGUGAACGGUGCCGUCGUCAAGGACGGCAAGAAGGUCGACGAGAAGACGGGCGAGCCGGCAUGGGCCAACGAGGCCAACAUCCCUGAGUCCAAGAAGGAGCUCCUGGCCCAGGCGCUUACCGAGCGUCUCAACUGGCACCUUGACGAGCUUGACCGCCGCGACGUCGAGGUCAAGAAGGAGAUCAAGCACGAGGAGGCUGAGGCCUCCAAGAAGAUUACUAGCGAGGGCAUCCACGAAGGCUUCUCGAUGAGCAGCGUCAACAAGGCCGUGCCCAGCCCCCUGGACGACAAGAAGAAGCCUGCCGCGCCCUCGUCGUCCACCAAGAGCAAGACGGAGCAGACGAUCGAGGUGCUCAACCCUGAAGCUGCUAGCAAGGCUGCCAAGGACGAGGCCGAGGACGAUGGCGACGACGAGGACGGUGACGUCGCGGCUCUCACGCCCGCUGCCCGCGCCUUCGUCAACAUCCCUAUGGGCGACUUUGAGAAGUCGUACGAGUUUAUCAAGAAGGACUCGUCGGUGCUCUCGGAGAAGCAGCACGACGCGAUCCUGCUCGAGGCGUUCGAGGCCGAGCGCCGUGGCGACAAGGCGCUCGCCAAGCGCUGCGUGCACCAGUCGAUGCUCAUCAACUACUGCCGCGAGCUGGGCCGCGACGGUGUCGGGCUCUUCUUCCAGAGGAUGAUCUCCAAGAACCCCAAGUCCAUCGACAUGUUCAAGGACGACUUUGCUCGUACCUACGGACACGUGGAGCGCCGCUCCAAGGAGCUGGCGGCCGAGAGUGAGGCGGCCGAGGAGCGCGAGCAGAUCCAGCUCGUGGCCGAGGACCCGUCCGUCAAGAUCGGCUUCAACAUCCCCGACGGCCCGCCCCCCGCCGAGCUGCGCAUCGAGGGUGAGGGCGCCGACCAGCUCGACAUGGACCAGGUGCGCGCGUUCCUCGAGCGCAAGUGGGAGAUCUUCCAGGGCUUCAGCCCCGCGCUCCAGGCCGCGCUCAAGACCGAGAGCCUCGACGAGGUCAACAAGAUCCUCGGCAAGAUGAAGGUUGCCGAUGCUGAGGAGGUCGUCGAGCUCCUCCAGGAGGGCGGCAUGCUCAGCUUCAGCGAGGCUGGCGGAAAGAACCAUGACAGGAAGGCCAACAACCCCGACUUUGGCAAGGUCAAGUCGUCGUCCCAGAAGAAGGGCGAGUUCACCCUCAAGCGUGUAAAGGGUGAAAACUUCUACCGCGAUGCCAAGGCGGCGUCGCGCGUGAAGAUGCUGAACGGCGGCAAGGCGGUGCGCGACCGUGACGGCAAGAUCAUCGAGGCCGCCGCGUUCCAGAAGGGCGAGAAGGAUGCCCUCCCGGGCCGCAUCCAACCCGACCGCCGGUGGUUUGGCAACACGCGCGUCAUCUCGCAGACUGCGCUCGACCACUUCCGCACCGCUCUCAGCCAGCACAAGGCCGACCCGUACUCUGUGCUCCUGAAGCGCAACAAGCUCCCCAUGGGCCUGCUGCAGGACGAGAGCAAGACCGAGGGCAAGACGGUGCACAUUGUCGAGACGGAGCCCUUCUCCGACACGUUCGGCCCCAAGGCCCAGCGCAAGCGCCCCCGCCUGGAAGCUGGCUCGCUCGAGGAGCUCGGCGAGUCGAGCACGGCCGCCCACGCCGAGCCCGAGGACGCCGUCCACCUCGCUGGCGACGCCUACCACCCGACGACUUCCCUCAUCAAGGAGCCCGUCUACGCCAAGGGAACGUCGCGCCGUAUCUGGGGAGAGCUGUACAAGGUGCUCGACUCGUCCGACGUGGUUAUCCACGUUCUCGACGCCCGUGACCCCAUCGGCACCCGCUGCAAGCCUGUUGUCGAGUACCUCCGCAAGGAGAAGGCCCACAAGCACUUGGUGUACGUGCUCAACAAGGUCGACCUUGUGCCUACUUGGGUUACUGCUCGCUGGGUCAAGCACCUGUCGCUGUCGGCGCCCACGAUCGCGUUCCACGCCUCGAUCAACAACUCGUUCGGCAAGGGCUCGCUCAUCCAGCUCCUCCGUCAGUUCUCGGUCCUCCACUCGGACAAGAAGCAGAUCUCGGUCGGCUUCAUUGGCUACCCCAACGUUGGCAAGUCGAGCAUUAUCAACACGCUCAAGAAGAAGAAGGUGUGCACUGUUGCUCCUAUUCCCGGAGAGACCAAGGUGUGGCAGUACAUUACUCUCAUGCGCCGCAUCUACCUCAUCGACUGCCCCGGUGUCGUCCCGCUGUCGGCCAAAGACUCGGAGGCCGACACUGUGCUCAAGGGUGUCGUUCGUGUCGAGAACCUGCAAAUGCCUGCCGAGCACAUCCCCGCUCUGCUCGAGCGUGUGCGAUCCGAGUACAUCCAGAGGACGUACAACCUCGAGCCCCGCGAGGGCGGAUGGCACGGCGAGGAGGGUGCUGCCCUCCUGUUGAGCACGAUUGCCAAGAAGUCGGGCAAGCUGCUCAAGGGCGGUGAGCCUGACCAGGAGGCGGCCGCGAAGAUGGUCCUCAACGACUGGAUUCGUGGCAAGAUCCCCUUCUUUGUCCCGCCACCAGCGCGGCCCACCAAGGAGGGCCCUGUCGCCGACGAGGAGCCUGUCAACGAGGCGUCCGAGGACACGACCAAGGUGCUCGAGGAGCAGGAGCGUGCACUUGGCAAGCUCCUUGGCGAGAAGCGCGUCAAGGGUGUCGAGCAACCCAUUGGCAAGAUUGUCACCAUGACCAAGUUCAUGGGCGACGACGCCAGGCGGGCGGACGACGACGAGUUGAUGCCCCAUGUCGAGGGCAACGACUACGAGGAGGACGCCGAGGAGAUGGACGAGGAUGAGGAGGAGGACGACGAGGAGGAGGAUGGCGAGGACGACGAGGAGGAGGCUGUCGAGGCCGAGGCCGCCGAGCUCGCGUGGGAGGACGUCUUCCCUGGCGACGGGGCCGGCCCGUCCAAGGCUGCCGCCUCCAAGCCCGCCGCCGCUGCCGCCAAGCCCAAGCGCAAGGUGCAGUUCGAGGAGGAGGAGGACGAGGAGCCCGUCGCGUCCAAGAAGGCGGCGCGUAUGACGACCAACAAGCAGAAGGCAACCAACUACUACACUACUGCCAACGUCAAGAACAAGAACCGCGACCGCAAGACGCCCAAGGCGCCAGGCAACGAGCGUGCGCAGCGGAACUCUUUGAAGGGACGGAAGAAGUAGAGUGUAUCGUUAGGCGGUCGGUCUUUUGAUCUUGGGGUUUUUGCCCAGUGCAGCACUAGAGGUAUAAUGUACCAUGUUGUAUGAUGCAUGCGUUGCUAGAG